GCUGGUCUCCCCUCGCGCCACACUCCGCCACGCACGACCACGAGCCGCCCGCCGACGCCACAACCUCCCGCAAAAAAAGACUAAACCCACGAAGCCUUCCCCCGCGGAGCUACGAACCGAGUGCCGCAAGACCAGUGACGGGACGGAGUGACAGCUACGGAGUGGGAGAGACGAAGUGCUAGAGUGAGUGCGUGAGAGUGAGUGGAGUGUGAGCAGGACCGCCACGCAGCGCCUCAAGAGUUGGCCGGGCAGGGUGAAGUAGGACUUGAAGCGUUUGAAGAGGCAGGUGCUCAAGCGUGUCCCGCCGAGGGGAGCGUGCGCGCGGGAGCGGCCGAGGGAGACGCCUGACUAAACACGAGUGAUACAUGACCGCUACUCGGCCCGCACUUGGUCGCCUCUUGGUUACUCACUUGAGACACUGAGAUACUUGGGCCUUGAGGGACAGCCGGACGGACGAUUUACCUCUCUCUCUCUGAACCUCAAAAAACUAAUAUUCGAACAAAAAGCGCAAUGAAAAAACUCAACAGCAUCUGAAAAGUGUUCUUGUUGCUGUUGUUUUCGCCGUCACCUCCUGCAGACGCCACCACCACCACCGCCACCAAGGCCCUGCACCUCCACAGCCACACCCUCCACCCCACAACACCGCCGCCACCACCGCCACCACCUCACCCCGCCCCGCCAGCCACCCACCGCCCACUAUGAUGAUGUCCGGCGGCAUGCCACCCACAGCGGGCGGUAUGGGCGUAAUGGGCGUCAUGGGCGGGUACCUCGGGGGCGGCCGGGAGUACCUGGAGAGCGGCGGCGUGGGCGUGGACUCCUCGGUGUGGGUGCCGCCCUUCUGGGACGACCCGCACCUGGCCGACGCCCACCUCCACGACCCGGGCAUCGCCGAGGCCGCCCACAUGGGGGAGCCGCCGACCAUGGGGGACGUGGGCGGCGGGGACCUCAUGGACGCCUUCCCCCCACACCACCAGCACGAUUACAUGAUGAGCGACAGCGUGGUGGUGAAGGAGGAGGAGAGCAUCAAGGACGACUAUUUCAAGUACAAGGACGCCACCUACGCUAAGUACGUCAAGGACACCGACUACCUGAAGGAGGAAACCAACUACCUGGACGGCGGCGGAGGAGGAGGCGGAGGAGGAGGUGGAGGAGGAGGUGGAGGAGGAGGUAGGGAUAGUGUAGGUGGAGGCACAGGUGGAGGAGACAGCACAGGGGGACAGCCAAGUGGAGGAGGAGGUAGUGGAGGUGGAGUGAUGGGGGUGAAUGGGUCUCCUACAGCAUCUCUAUCUCCACCCGGCACCAUCUCCUCCUCCAGUGGUUCCUCCUCCUCCCUCCACCCCCCUCUCACCUCCCCCCACGUGCAGCAACUUAGCUCCCUCUGCCCGCCCUUCCCCGAGGCCCACCUCACCUCGCUCUCCUCCCACAAGGACGACCUCGACAAGAAGGGCGGACACGGCGGCGAUAAGGGCAAGGCAGGAGACGGCGCCAAACCCAAGACGAAGAGAAAACCCAGAGUGCUCUUCUCUCAGGCCCAGGUGUACGAGCUGGAGAGGAGGUUCAAGCAGCAGCGUUACCUGUCGGCCCCGGAGCGGGAACACCUGGCGGGGCUGCUCAAGCUCACCUCCACGCAGGUCAAAAUCUGGUUCCAGAAUCGCCGCUACAAAUGCAAGAGACAACGACAGGACAAGAACCUCGAGAUGAGCACCGCCGCCGCCGCUGCCGCCGCCGCCUCCAUGGCCUCCGUCACCUCGCCCCGUCGUGUGGCCGUCCCCGUGAGUCGGGUGGGGGAUGGGGGCGAGGGAUGGGGGGCAGGAUGGGUAUUGGUGAGGGACGGAAAGCCUUGUCCAACCGGCUACCCCCCCGCCUACCCCCCAGCCUACACGCCGCCCCAGUACUCCCCCCCAGCCUACCAGUGCCCGUACACGGCUCAGACAGCGGGCUACCCUCAAACACAAACCUUCAACCAGCAAACCUUACGGACCUGGUGAUAGCAACGGCUGCGCGGGAGAACGGAAGACGGGAAGAUGAGGAUGGAAAAGGAAGCUAUUCAGAAGGAAAAGAGGAAAGGAGAGGAAAGGAAAAGGAUGGAGAAACAGACAACGAUGAGAAACCAGAUAAAAGCAGAGAAGGAGAACAGGAGGAAGAGUAAUAAGAAAGGACAGCCAGAAAGAGGGGGGGAAGGAAAAAAGAUGGAGCAAGAAAUAAUGAAGAGAAGCGAGAUAGGAGAAGAGGAAAGGAAAAAAUGGUAAAGCUGUAACUGCGCGUGGCGGCGGUGCGCAUCUCCGUCCCAUUGGAAGGAAGGAAAAAAGGAAUGGAAAAGGAAAAGAGGAAGAGGGCAGAGAAGACAAAGGAAUGAUGUAAUGUGUAAAAAUGAGUAUCGUAAGAAAAUUAGUUUAAGGGGAAAAGAGGCAAUGAUUUAGAAGCCGUAUCUCUCCUCGUCCUCUUUCUUCCUGGCGAGAAAGAGGAAGUGUACAAGGGUCUCUUAGAUGCGCUGUAAAUAAUUAGGAAGUUUUUUUAACGUACGAAUUUGUAGGGAGAACAAAAAUGUCUAUUAUCACAAGAAAGAUAAUAUUGGGUUAGGCCUUUGUGAUACAUUGUAAGAAAACGACGAAGGGAAAAGUGUAUAACUAUUUUUCCCAAGUUUAAUGACUAACUUUUAUUAUUAUUAUUAUUAUUAUUAUUAUUAUUAUUAUUAUUAUUAUUAUUAUUAUUAUUAUUAUUAUUAUUAUUAUUAUUAUUAUUAUUAUUAUUAUUAUUUCUAUUGACAGCCCCACUAUGUUCCUUUCAGGAGAGUAAUGUUACGUUUAUUUACCUUAGACGGAAAAAAAAAAACGAUAAGAAUCCAGGUACACACACACACACACACACACACACACACACACACACACACACACACACACACACACACACACAUUAGUAUCUCUGUUUCCUUUUCCUCGUUCCUCACACUCCUUUUCUCCUUUUUCCUCAUCAUUCUUUAUCACAUCAACCCCCACCCACACCUUUGCGUCUCCACCCUCCUCCUUGUCCCCUCUUCCUCACCUCGGCCCCCUCACACACCCUCCCCCUCUCAACGAACAACUCUCCCCUCCACUCCCCACUUUCCCUCUCUCUCCCACUUCUAUAUUCCACGGCGCUCCUCACGCACUCCCUUCUCCCAUUUCUUGUCCAUAAGUUCAAAUUCUUCACACUACAUUUUCUUCAUCCCGCCUAACGAUUGUACAUUGUCGACACCUUGAAACACACUCACUGUAAUUUAUAGUUGUAGAUUUAAUGAGGUCUUUUUUUCCCUUUUUCUCUGUCCCCUUAAAAUUUUGUACAAUGUAGACUUUUGUAGGUAAAUGCUCCGUGUUCCUAUCGACGAUACAAAACAUCCCUCUGUGUCCAUGCUGCUAACCUAUAUUUUUACACAAUAAUAACACGUGAAACUAAA